AAUGUUCCUCAUCCAAAAUAUGACACACAGAGCUCAAACUACAGCUUAGUAAAAAAAAAAAAAAAAAGGUGAAAUAAUGAAACAUCAAGUGCGUCACUAUGGUGUCACAUGACAUUUUUGGGUGAAACAAGGUCUUUCAAAAGCGUGAAGUGACAGGUUGUAGUUAAACAAAAGUGAGAGGAGACACACACUCACAUGGCCAUAGAGGGAAAGAGGAGGGGAUAGAGAGCUACAACAGGAUAUUUUGUCACUAUGGUUACCCGUAGCAGAUACAGAUCUUGAUUUCUGUAUGUCAUGCUGUUCUCAUUCAGGGCAACGUGGUUGUGCUUUCAGGACACAGCUAAUAAAACUGUGAGAGACUUUGCAGCAUCAAGUGUGAUGUCCUUUGGAUCAGAGUGAGCUCUGGGAAACAACACAACCUCUUCAAACUGUGAGGUAAGUUUCUUUGAAUACUGUUUCUUUAAAAGGGGGGGACAUGUAUAUCUAUAUAUUUCUGUUUCAGUUAAACUUCUGUUGGAUUCGUGUUAAAAAUGUAUUCGAUUUUCAUGUCAGCCAUGUGCUGACUGCUAACACCCUCAACCAGCUGUUGCAAAACAAGUGUCGGUUUGCACGUCUGGCAGGGGGGUUUCACGUUUACAAAUUUCAACACUUUUACAAACUUAAGCCUGCUGUCGUUUGGACAUAACAAUUUAUUGAUGGUAAUACUGAUGAUAAUUGAAAAGUAAUGCUUUUUUAAUUGCUUUCAAGGCAAAAAAAAAAAAAAAAGCUGUGAUUUUGUAAUGAGUAAUGAUUUUGCCCACACACUAUUUUUUUUUCUUUUUAUGAUGCAAACAAAAAUUAAAGUAAAAGUCUGAAAGCAAGACAAACACAUUACUCUGAUGAUCAGGAAACAAAUGGAAAAUAAAUAUAUCUCUAUAUAUAAAUACAUAUGUAGAUAUGUGUGUGUGUGUGUAUAUAUAUAUAUAUAUAUAUAUAUAUAUAUAUAUAUAUAUAUAUACAUGCCAUCACUUAUAUGGAGUAAUUAACAACAGUCAAACAGAGACCACUUUCAUACAGUUUUAUAAUUGAUAAUAAUUGAACUUUCAUAAAGACCUUUACUCUGAUAGCAAAUGCACAAAUGUGUGCCACAUAUUUGCCCUAGAUACCCCUCCACUUCUGCUAACAGGACAGGAAACAAACCCUCCACUACACCAUGUGCUGGAGGACACGGCCAUAGCUGCAGGGUGGUGUAAUUUUGGCUCCAACAAUAUAACUUUCCAACGGCGUGCCAUUCUGAGGCAGAGCACCCUGGGGAAGCUGACUUCCUCAUAUACAAGCGUGUCUCUCAACACCAAAUGUUUUUGUUGCACAAGUGUGAGAGUGCCGCAGCUGCAUUCAGAAUCUUUGUAAAGCUGGCUUAUUGUUCACACACACUUCCUUCAUGUCACUUUUAGCAGCAAAAACAGCAGCUAUGUCCUGUGAGUCACUGGGUGCAUAAGCUGGUUCAAAAGUUGGCUGUAAUCUGUCCUGAGAAAAAUGAUUCAUGUAUUAAAUAUUAUUUUAAUCGUGAAUUCACCAUUAAAGCAGAUUUCCUCUUUAUAGUUGUCUCAAAUCAAAACUAACUUCAAUACCAAAGGACAUUAUGGUACAAGACUUUUCCAUAGAGACUCAAACACAACAGAGAAUAUAGUAUUCGGUGCAAAUUUUGCUUGAAUUGAUUGGACAACAAAAGACUGACAGAAAAUUUGGGCCAAAGGUCAUAGCUGAGAGUUGAACCAACCACCACUAGGCUAACAAGCACCCCACUUUUUCUACCUGAAAGAAAUGUAAAACUUGAUUGUGUGAGGCACUGGUUUGUGUAACCAGCUCAAAAUAAAGGGUUAAGUUUUGCCUUAUCAGAUUUGCUAGAAAAAACCACAAGAUGGCACCAUACACCACAGAAACUACUCAUACAGCACAGCCACAGACUAGUGGCUUCUAUGUACCUCUCGGUUGGUUACUGAUGGAAAUCAGAGAGAAAUCAGAUAAAGGACCCAGGGGCAGGUCUAGGGGAUGAAGAAGGGUGGACGUGCCCCCCCUUGAAAUGCGAUUUAUUAUUUACUUUAAACACUGUAUGUGAGGCCUCAUAGAUAGUCUGUGAAAUUUGAAAAUUACAUGUUUUUUUCUGUGGAAGAGGAUUGAAAAACUUCAGCAGAGAAAACAGUGGCUGAAAAAUUGUUAAAUGAAAAAUAUCCUUAAAUUCUAAACAGUUUUUCUGUCUAGACAGAAUUAAAAUGAGGGUUCUCAAACUUCCGUUUUUAGAGACUCCAGUUUUCUUUCGUUUUUGUUACUGUAAUAUAGGUUGACAUCUUAAUUGGCCACCUAAAAAAAGCUUUAGCCAUGUCUGGCUAUAUGCCUUAUCAGGAUUAAGACCAGCUGUUGAGUUGCAACAGGCUGCCAAGCGCUGUUUGCAUUUCAAUUUGACACAUUUCCUUUUUUAGGACUUUAAUAGAGGAUGCUUGUCCAAAACCACUACUUCGAUUUAAAUCUAAAUAUUAUCAUUUCAUGUUACUUUUUAAGGUUAAUCACAUUCACAGGGAUAAAAUAACUUGUGGUUACAUCAAUGUAAAUAGUUUAUGUAGCUGUAAGUAGUGGAGGUAGGAGGGGUAUAUAAAUGCUGGUCAUAUACUGUGAGUGUGAAUGUGUCCUUGACACCAUCCUCACAAAGUCAGUGUCCUUGUUUUGCCACCCUUGUCAAAAAAAUCUGGAAACACCCCGGAGGGACUUCCCGCUUCACUGAGGGGAAAAAAAAUCAAAAUAAAGUCAUGAAUCCAUUCUUUGUCCGAGUCAGAUUCAGGGGAAUUUGACUUCCUAUUUGGGUUUUCUUGCUCUUUUCAUUCUCUGGAAACACAAAGUGAUUGAAACUGACAUUAAAGAUGAUACCAUGUGAUAAAAUCAAUUGAUGAAAGUUACACUAAAUCGAGUUUUGACAGUGAGGCUUCACUUCCUUUUCUCACCCUUCAUGUGUUCUGUUUUUUUUUUCAAUUAUACUACUCUGAAGAGUUUCAUUUCACCAUAGACUUUUUUUUCAGUAGCACUUGCCUGAUCUUCUUCCCUUAAAAUACACAUUUCCUGAAUCACAUUUGUGAAUCAUUGUGGGGGGAAAAACAAGAGGAAAACCCUGUCUGAGUAUUUACACUCUAUUUUGUUCCUCUUUGCAGUACCUGGCUGUGAGAACAUCAAGAUGAGUUCGACCACUGUGCCUACAGCCUCGAUCCUCUCCUCCACCAACAAUUACUCCGACAACACUUCCUGUGACACCCUCUACGCACACCGCAACUAUGCCAGGGUCCUCAUGCCUCUUUUCUAUUCCAUCGUGUUCAUCGUUGGACUUCUUGGUAACAGCCUCGCUCUACACGUCAUCCGCCCAAACCUGAAGAAGAUGAACUCCACCACCUUAUACUCCCUCAACCUGGUGAUCUCAGACAUCCUCUUCACCUUCUCUUUGCCUCUGAGGAUUGCGUACUACGCUCUGGGCUUCCACUGGCCUCUAGGCGAGCCGCUGUGCAAGAUCUCAGGCCUUGUUUUCUACAUCAACACCUAUGCUGGGGUCAAUUUCAUGACCUGCCUGAGCGUGGACCGCUUCAUCGCUGUGGUCCUGCCUCUGCGCUAUGCUAGAUUCAGGAAGGUUAGCAAUGUGAAGUACAUUUGUGUUGGGGUGUGGCUGCUGGUCUUAGGGCAAACCCUCCCUCUCCUGAGCAGUCCUAUGACGAAUGAUGAGCCUGAUGGUAUGAUCACCUGUAUGGAAUACCCCAACUUCGAAAAGGUCGACAACAUUGCCCCUGUACUGAUUGGAGCAGUCUUCCUUGGUUAUGGCAUCCCCGUGGUGACCAUCCUAGUGUGCUACUCCGUCCUGUGCUCCAAACUCCGUCUCACAGCCAAGAAAAACCAUUUGACUGAAAAGUCUGGCCGUAGUCGCAAAGCCAUUGGCGUGAUCUGCUGUGUAUCCUUAGUGUUCGUCAUCUGCUACAGCCCCUAUCACAUCGACAUCCUGCAGUACAUGAUCCGCAAGCUGAUGUACGAACCCGACUGCGCUGAGCUUACAGCUUUCCAGAUAUCGCUGCACAUCACUGUGUGUCUGAUGAACCUCAACUCCUGCUUGGACCCUUUUAUCUACUUCUUCGCCUGCAAGGGCUACAAGAGGAAACUCAUGAAGCUGUUGAAGCUCCAGGUUAGCAUGUCGUUCUCCAGCGCUGUGAGGACAUCACCUGAAGGUUCAUCUAAGGAUUUUAUCGACGGUAACAAGAUUCAACUCAACAGCACCACUGCUAGUGUAACCGAGAGACUAACAGAUAGAAGAUCAAGGCUGCAAGAGUGAAAAACCAUCACCAAGACCUGUGCAAGAUGAGGGGUCCCUUAAAGCCCAGGCCUACUUAAAAUUAUAACCGGACAAGAAAUGUCACACUCUCUGCAUCAGGGAUUUCAUGCAGCUACUCAGCAUCUGAAUCCGUAGGAAUUCAGCUGCCCUUGGACCGGAUUAGUGAGCACAAGGGAAGGAUUUAAAAAGAGCAUCAACAGAAUGACUUCCUGUGCUUACACGUUUCCUUAUGGAUAUUGGGGACUUUCUCAGGAAAGCAGAGAUUAAUGCAGCUAAGGAACAACGGAGGAAACCUCUCCUAAAACAUGCUCGUCUGCUGCCCAUUGAACAAGCGUUAAGGAUGUAGAGCAUGCUUAAAAAGGCCAGUUAAGUGAGACACUGAUACAACCGCAAUGAGAGCCGCCCUCUUACCCUGACUGCUGACCUUAUUUUUGAAACAAACAACUUGAUAUCUGCAUGCAGUGACCUCAAACAUGGUUUCAUCCUCAAAAUGCUAAAUGUGUGAUGUACUUAUAGAAAUGAGUAAAAUGCCAUCACAAAUCAUGCUUACAAUCUUACCUCUAGUUUCAGUCCAGCACACAGAUGUGAAAUCUCAGGAGAAAAGAGCUAACAAUAUUUUUUAUCACUUUAGCUGCCUUCAAUAUGAGUGAACAGAAACCUCUUGCUAUGACAUUCAUCUUACCAGGACUAAACUUAUCUUUGUAUUCUGAACCUUAAUGCAUUGUGUGUAUCCAUGAUGUUCGACAAACCUUUUUAAUGCAUUUCCUUCCAUACCUUACACACGGACCACAUCUCAGUGAUGUUAUCGACUGGUUUAAGCCCAACAAUGGUGUUCACAUAUUUGUAUUGCAGAUUCAACCUAGACUUGUAUUUAUGUAUCAGUUGAGGCAGGCCUUAAACCUCAUGUUGAACAGUUAUGACACACACACAUGUAAGUCAACCACCAAGUCUGUAAAUUUAUGUAUAGCCCUUAGCUUUGUUGUAAUCAAAAAAGGUUGAUUAAUGGAAAGAAAAUCCAUUCAAGAGCUUUGCGAAUAAAACAGGCUGUUAACAUGUUGAGGAUCUCAUAGAGUUUCCUUGGCUUUAAAAACCAGCCUCAAGUGGACACUUGAGGAACUGCAGGUUAUUUCUCCUGUACAUUGUCUCCAUUUUCUAAAACCAGCAGUUGCUGCUUUCCUCUACUUUGAUGAAACACUUGAGCCUGAAUUUUUUUAAAUUUCAUGUCUCAUUUUUACGUUUUCCAGUUAGUUAUCUUUGUUUUUGUCUUUUCCAGCUUGUGGUGGUGUUUAAUCUCAUUUGUUAAACAGAAAAAAAUAGUACCACUGGUGGGCUUGUGUUGCAGCAUCCAUGUGCACAUACAACAAAAAAGACCCAGUGACUGGAAAAUAGCUACAAAGUGCUGCUACAAAUCACAUUUUUAAAGCCCCUCAAUUAGCAUCGAUAACUUUAAGAUUUGUGUUUUACACCAAGUGUUACCAAACAGUUAUUGCUUAGCUUACAAAAUUGCGCAUAUAAAAAUCAGGUGAUGUCCUCUUCAAUUAUUCCAAAUCUAUUUGUUUUGUUGCAAAUUCAGUUUCAUGUUUCAUAUUAAAUCUGUCAUGUUGUUGGGAUAUGCUGUACUUCCAUGUGUGUUCUGUACAUAUAGUAAUAAAAUGUGUCUUCUAAAUGAAACGACAAAAAAA